UCCCAAGUACAACCUCUGUUUUAAUCAUGAAAGCAUAGAUUAAUAGCCAAUAAAAAAAGAAAUACUCAUUUCAAGGCUUUGCGUGAACGUGAAGCAAGCCCCAUUUUUUUGGGCAUUGGAAAUAAACCGAUCGAGGCAUCUCCCGAUCCCCCACAAGUGCAUUUGAAUUUCUCAUAUUGCUGAGUUGCAAAAUGCAAAUGCAUUGCUUUGUAGGUUGUAGCGAUUCAUUGGGAUUAGCUUCAUAUGUUUCUUCAUUCCUACUGAUUUGAAUAGUUUUCCGUGUUUUCUCUCACUCCCCAUAAAGCAAUGACUCAUGAAGCUUAGGCUGUUGGGAGACUUCAUUUUAAAGGAAGUGUAUUAUAUGAAUAUAUUACAUGAAAAAGUCAGCCACCCAAGUAGCCUUUUGCUAUGGAAUAUUGUAUGUUUUAUCAGAAUAAUACUGACUUGCAGCAAGGAAUAACUUACUUUGAAGAAAUGAAUCCACGAUAUACCCACUCACUAUUCCUACACCUUCUCUAGUCUAAUCUGCACUGUAGGAAGGGGGUUGGUUUGUGAUGGUGAGAAGAUGCAGCUGGGUUCUAACAAACCAUUAAUUCUUAUUCUUUUAUCUCUGAUUCCUUUACUUAUUCUGAUCUCAACAUUGGUGGUUGUUUCUAGUACUUCCCGUGCCUUGAAUUCUUCGUGGUUUUCAUUUUCUUUUUCAUGGAACCCGGAAGAGAUUAACCCUCUGUCCACAGCAUUAAGUUCAUCUGCUUCUUCCUCAUUCAAUGCCUCAUUGCCCGACGUGCACAUCUCGGGAGGACCGUAUUUUCAACCUCCAUUGGAGAAAAAGCAAGAGACAUGGAAAGAUAAGAGAUACAGCAAAUUAGAGAGACUUGAGGCAGGUUUGGCUAGAGCCCGGUCUUCCAUAAGAGAAGCUGCUAGAAAUGGGAGUCUGAAAUCAACACAUGAAGACCCUGAUUAUGUUCCACAAGGUCCCAUUUACAGGAAUGCAAACGCCUUUCACAGGAGUUAUCUUGAAAUGGAGAAGCUGUUUAAGAUAUAUGUAUAUGAAGAAGGAGAACCUCCGAUGUUUCACAAUGGUCCAUGCAAGAGCAUUUACUCUACAGAGGGAAGAUUCAUCCAUGAAAUGGAAAAGGGAAGCGUUUAUCGAACCACAGACCCGGACCAAGCCCUCCUCUACUUUCUUCCUUUCAGCGUGGUGAUGAUGGUUCAGUACCUGUAUGUGCCGGACUCCCAUGAAAUACAUGCCAUUGAGAAAACAGUCAUUGACUACAUCAACCUCAUAUCCCACAACCACCCCUUCUGGAAUCGAAGCCUUGGUGCUGAUCAUUUCAUGCUCUCUUGCCAUGAUUGGGGACCGCGGGCAUCGACCUCUGUUCCAUAUCUAUACAACAACUCCAUCAGAGUGCUGUGCAAUGCUAAUACUUCUGAAGGAUUCAAUCCCUCUAAAGAUGUGUCAUUUCCAGAAAUCCAUCUUAGGACUGGAGAAAUGAGUGGGCCUCUCGGCGGUCUCUCCCCAUCUCGCCGCCCCAUUCUCGGCUUCUUCGCAGGCCGCUUACACGGGCACAUCAGGUACCUGCUUCUGGAGCAGUGGAAGGACAAAGACAAAGACUUGCAAGUGUAUGACCAGCUUCCUAAUGGUUUAUCUUAUGACUCAAUGUUGAAGAAGAGCAGGUUUUGCCUGUGCCCCAGUGGCUAUGAAGUGGCGAGCCCGAGAGUUGUGGAAGCUAUAUAUGCUGAGUGCGUACCAGUAUUGAUCUCAGACAACUAUGUACCCCCCUUCAAUGAUGUUCUCAACUGGAAGUCAUUUGCAGUGCAAGUGCAGGUGAGAGACAUAGCCAAUAUCAAGAGGAUACUGAUGGGCAUAUCCCAAACUCAGUACCUGAGAAUGUACAGGAGGGUGAAGCAGGUCCAAAGGCAUUUUAUGGUGAAUGCAGCUCCACAGAGAUUUGACGUUUUCCACAUGACCAUUCACUCCAUCUGGCUGAGGAGAUUGAACAUUCGCAUUCAGGACUGAUUAUAUGUAGAUAUAUAUUCUUGCUUAGCUCUCUCCUCGUUUGGACUUUUCUCAGGCUCUGCUCACUUGCAAGGCAGUGAUAGCUCACCCUACUCACCAGCUCCAUUCCCAUUCUGAGUUCAUCAGGUAGCCUUCAGCCCAUGAUGAAGGUGUAUUAAUUGGGCUAUUCUCCUUCCUGGUUUUCUCCGGUUUCCAUUGUGAUUCAUUUUCCCAUAUAUUGAAGUACCCCCUUUUGGUCUCUUGUACUCUUUAUUUGUCUCAGUUUGCACCAAAUUCUGGAACACUUUCCUUCAUCAAUAUUCUUUGAAAAUUAAUGUUAGUAAUCA